ACGGUAGGACUAGACCAGACGAUGUCUUUGUCCAGUCCGAACCCAGGGUCCAAGACCACCGGAACAAACAGUCGACCGACCAGCAAAGAUGGCUCUAAGAAGAACAUUUGGUCUUCGUUAUUAGAUACCGUUGCCAAUGGCAAGCGCUUACCUGAAAAAAACCUGCUGGUGCUAGGUGGUACACCGGAUAGUCAAAGGGAAUUCCUAGAUACCUUUUCUGCAGAUACAUCUGCGGAUCCCGCUUUAGCAAACGACAAACGAAAAGGCAAAGGGAAGAUACCACCAAUUGCCAAUCAAUUUGCGCUUGGUUACACAUAUCGAGAUGUUCUUGAUGCCGAUAAAGAAGAUACUCUGGCCCGCGUCUCAGCCUACCUCUUGUCCGAACCUUCUCCGUCAUUCGCGCCUCUCCUCAAACCACUCUUGACCCCCAAGUCCGUCCCGGAAACGCUGGUUGUGAUCCUGAUGGACUGGUCAGACCCAUGGACGUGGGUAAGAAGACUCAGAGAAUGGGUUCGUCUACUACGUUCUGUGCUUGUUUCGCUUGACGAUGAAACCAAAAUUGUUAUGGAAGAAACCAUGACGGAGUGGCGCGAUCGCAAGAGAGGAAUGGAUGCAAAUAAUGCGACUGCAGGCGGCCUUUCAAACUCAAGCGGCCCGGUCACAAUACCUCUAGGCCCUGGUGAAUGGGACGAAGGUCUUGGUAUUCCGCUGUGUGUUGUCUGCCAAGGGGCCGACAAGAUCGAGAAAUUGGAAAAAGAUCAUGGGUGGCAUGAAGAGCAGUUUGACUUCAUUCUCCAAUUCCUCAGAACGAUUCUUUUGAAGCAUGGUGCAUCCCUCAUUUAUACAACCCCAUUCCUGGCAAGCUCACUUCAGGGCUUGAUCCAUUCUUCACUGGGCAUACAUUCUUUGCUGAAGAGAGAAUCAUUAAAACAUAAUGUGAUUGACCGCGACAAGAUCCUUGUACCAGCAAACUGGGACUCGUGGGGUAAGAUUCGAAUUAUUCGUGAGGGUUUCGAUAUGGAAGGAGUGUCGACAGCCUGGUCAAUUGAGAUACAAGACCCCCCCGAGUCAAUCUACCAAACCACAAACAGCACCCAACAAAGCGAGAACGGUCUUGCAGAAGAUGGGACAAGCGCUGUAACUACAUUCGAGCAGACGAUCCACGACCCCAAACAAGGCACAGUCGGCGCCAACCCGAACGGAAGCAGCACCAAGAUCGAGAUCGAAACCACUGACCUCCAAGAUUUCUUCGCAACUCAAGUGGAUAUCCUGGAAGACCUCAAGGCCAAAGACGAAAAUGAGAACAAAACCCAGCAAACUCCACAACUGGAAAUGUCGCCCAUGGCCGACGAAGGCAAAGUCAACGAACACAUCGGCCCUGUACAGUUCAACAUGGGCGGAAUCCAAGUGGACGCCGACGAUAUGCUGAAGAAGCUCCGGGAUCGCGAAGCCGUUCGAACCCAAAAGAAGGAGACUACCCCAUUCCAGCCUGGCGGCGACGACAAAGCGCACAACCAGGCCCUGGCAAACUUCUUUGCAGGCCUUGUCAAGAAGCCGGGAUCGAGUCCCCGGGGAAGCCCCUCGGCUUGA